AUGUCUUUAGUUGAAGUAUUACGCUCAUUCCUCACCAUUAUCCCUGAUAUUGCUGUUCAGGCAGCUGGCAUAUUUGGACACUUCCUGUUCAUGAUGCUCUCUCCAUUGCUCCAUCUCAUCGGCUUGCUAAAGACAAAGCAGUUCCCAGAGGCCAAGACUAUUGUGAUCACUGGCGCAUCAAGUGGAAUUGGAAGAGAACUGGCUCUUCAGUACGCUGGCCGUGGAAAGGUACUGGGAUUGACUGGUAGAGAUAAGGCUCGUUUGGAGGAGGUGGCAAAGUUAUGCCGUGAUAAGGGUGCUGUCGUGGAGACUACUACAAUCCAGGUGACAGAGGCCGAUGCCAUGGAGCGUUGGUUGACCAAGUUCGACCAGGUCUCCCCAGUGGACAUUGUCAUCGCCAAUGCCGGUGUUGGUGAGGCUACCCUCCCCCGUACCCUAACCUACGAGGAACGUGCUCGUCAAGUCGUCGACGUCAAUGUCAACGGUGUACUCAACACUGUCCUCCCACUGCUCCAGCGCAUGAGAGAUAGAAGCCAUGGUCAAAUCGUAAUCGUUGGAUCAUUGAGCACAUAUAUCACACAUGCCUUCCCAGCCUAUGUUGGAUCAAAGGGCUUCACACAUUGUUACGCCGCCACUCUGCGUCAGGAGCUUCGCAAGCAUGGCAUUGGUGUGACCUACAUCUCGCCAGGCUUUGUCGACACACGUAUGACCAGAGCCGACAAGAACAUGAAGAAGCCAAUGAUGAAGACGGCCGAGGCCAGCGCCCAAGCAUUCAAGCAAGGCAUCAGUGAGAACAGAGCAUUCGUCACUGAUAACCUACCAACAAUGCUGACUGCCUACAUACUCAGCUGUGUCCCAAUGACACUUCGUGAUGGUUGGGAUGUGAUCAUGAACGCCGUGUACUCGAGUGGCUGUCCCGACACCUUGGACUACAGCAGCAACUCCUCAUCCUCAUCCUCAGCUUCAUCCACAACCAAGAAGGACAAAUAA